AUGGUCCCAGGGACCACCCCCACGAUAUCAGUUUCGACAAGCAUCCGAGCGUCCACUAGUGGGUCCCAGAGGAGCACCAGCUCUGAAGCCACCUCCCCUAUUCAUGACUUCACGACGAAGCCCAGCGUCAGCCUUCCAAGCGACAUGACGACUUCAAGCAAGUGGACCAGUCCCACCCUGCCCGUUGACAAGACUUCCACGACCUCCGUGGCCACCACCCGGGCUCCCACCACGCAGACCACCCCCGUGCCUACCUCCACCACUACCCAGUCGAGGGUGACCACCACGCCAGGUUGUACCUGUGACAAUGGUGGGUCUUGGGACCAAGGCCGGUGCCUCUGCCCCUCUGGAUUCUCGGGUGACCGCUGUCAGUUCCAGGACAACAAGUGCCAGAAUGGGGGCAGAUGGGAUGGCCUCAAAUGCCUGUGUCCCAGCACCUUCUCCGGCCCCCUCUGCGAGUCCCCUGCAGAACAGGUGGAUCUGGACACUGUGGAUGCUCAAGUGGACAUGGAGGUAUCUGUCGAUCAGCCGUUCUCCCCAGAGCUCAAUGACAACACUUCUCAGGUCUACAAGGAAUUCAACGCCACCUUUCAAAAUCAGAUACGGAAAGUUUACCAAAAUGUGCCAGGGUUUCAUGGCGUGGAGAUCCUGUCCUUAAGGAGUGGCAGCAUCGUGGUGGACUAUGUGGUCCUGCUGAAGUUGCCCUUCAGCGUCCACCUGGAAAGCGAGUAUGAGAAGGUGAAGACGGCGCUGAAGGAGGAGUUGCAGAAUGCCAGCCAGCAGGAGACGAACUGCAGUAGCCACCAGACUCUGUGUUUCAAGCCCGACUCCAUCAAGGUGACCAACAACAGCCUGGAGGAGCUGACUCCCCAAGCCAUCUGCCGCCGCGUCGUUGCCAAGGGCUACGAAGAUUUCUACUUCCCUCUGGUUGAGGAGAACCAGCUCCGUUGCGUCACCAAUUGCACCGUGGGCGUGGAGGGCGCCUUCGACUGUCACCAGGGCCAGUGCGUUCUGGAGCGAAGCGGUCCUGAGUGUCGCUGCUUCUCCACGGACACGCUGUGGAUCUCGGGCUCGCGCUGCCAGGUGGCCAUCCACUGGAGGGCGCUGGUCGGGGGCCUGGCGGGCGCCGCGGCACUGCUGCUGCUGCUGCUGCUCGGUCUGGGCCUCCUGGUCGCGCGCUCGCGGCGCCACAAGAGGUCGUGGACCGAGGACCGGGAAUGGACCGAGAGCUGGGAUGCAGACACCUUCGGGACCUUUUCCAAUUUGGACCUCGACGACCCUGAGCCAGCCAGGCCUGAAAACAUGAAGGUCACCUUGGAGAACGUGGAUACCAGUAUGAAGGUGCAGAUCCAAAGGCCUCACGUGUCCUCGUCCAUAUGAGCCCUGUCGGGACCUCUCCGCCUUCCCUCCACCCUGGCCUGGGACAGCUAGAGGGAACGGCCAGCACUGUGCCCAUCUUGAGCGGUCAUCUGAG